CUCUGAGCUUCGCACUAGCUGUCUCUCUCUCUCUCUCUCUCUCCCUCUGCCUAACCAUGGAGGAUUCCGGAGCACCGGCCCCUAACCCGAACCCGGCACCAUGUUGGAGCAACGUACUGAAGAGCCAACCACCAAAGCCUCAAACGCAAAAACAAACGGCGGCGACAACCCAACUCUUUGUCGAAAGCUGCAAAUCCACGAAGGGAAUAGCGGUGGCCGUAGUUGACGCCAACGCCGUCAUCGAAGGUGGAGAAAAGCUCAACAACUCCGCCGACAGGUUCGUUACCGUCCCUGAAGUCCUCGCUGAAAUUCGCGACCCUGUUUCCCGUCACCGCCUCGCCUUUAUCCCUUUCUCCAUUGAUUCCAUGGAGCCCUCUUCCGAUGCCCUCAAUAAAGUUAUCAAAUUUGCGAGGGCAACUGGUGACUUGCAGACUCUUUCGGACGUUGAUCUCAAACUGAUUGCCCUGACAUAUACGUUGGAGGCUCAAAUUCAUGGAACCAAUCAUAUUAGAGAUGCUCCUCCCCCAGUUCAUGUUGUUAAUGUAAAGAGGCUACCUGAAAGGGACUUGCCUGGAUGGGGCUCCAAUGUUCCUAAUUUGGAUGAGUGGGAAGCACUCGAACGUGAAGCUGAAGGUGGAACAAAUUCUAACUCGAGAAUCCUUCCCUUGAAAGACUUAAAUAUGAAUACUCUCCCUUCGGAUAAUGGUUCUGAAGAUGGCUCUGUGGAAAUAAAGAGUGAAACGCAUUCUGAGAAUCAAGAGGAUGUUGAACACGGUUUUAGGAGACCUAGGAGAUAUUUACCCCAGAAGAAAGAGGUGAAAAUUGAAGGGAAGAAGAUGGUGGCUGAUGGAAUUGAUGCAUCUCAGGGACAGAUUGAUGAUAAUGGUGAUAAUUGGCAACCUGCUGUAAGUCGAAGUACUCAUAGGAGAUAUCUUAGGAGGAAAGCUAGGCGGGAAUAUUAUGAGGCAUUAGUGGAGAAAGAUUGUCAGGAAGAUAUGGAAAAAAGCAUGGAUAAGAACCAUGUUGAAGAUGCUCAUUCUGGAAACGGGAUUUUGGAGGAGACUGAGAGAGCAGAAGAAAAGAAGGGUGAUGAAGAUCUUUCUUCAAUCCUAAAACAAAUGAGGCUGGAAGAAGACUCACUGGAGGCUCUUCAAGAAGCAGAAGAAGUGGAGAUCACAGUGGAGGCCAAUGUGAAUCUUUCUGUUGAAGGAAAUAAGAUGGAUCUUGUGAAUGAAGAAUUAGACCAGUUGGAAAUGUCAAGUCAGACCAAUGAAACCGUUGAUGCAUCAUAUACAGAUGAUGUUAGCAGCGAGCAGAGCUGGAUGUUGAGAUCCCUAUCUGAGUCCAGUGUAGCUUGUGUAACUGGUGACUUUGCUAUGCAAAAUGUUAUUCUGCAGAUGGGUUUACGGUUACUAGCACCUGGCGGAAUGCAGAUUCGGCAGCUACACAGGUGGAUAUUGAAGUGCCAUGCCUGCUAUAAUGUGACUGCUGAAAUUGGAAGGAUUUUCUGUCCCAAGUGUGGAAAUGGAGGAACUUUACGUAAGGUAGCUGUUACUGUUGGUGAGAAUGGAAUUGUUUUAGCAUCCCAUCGCCCAAGAAUUUCUCUUCGCGGUACAAAGUUUUCACUGCCUUUACCCCAAGGUGGAAGAGAUGCCAUAACCAAAAACCUCAUUUUACGUGAAGAUCAACUUCCCCAAAAAUUCCUUUACCCUAAAACAAAGAAGAAAGUAAAUAAACAGGGGGAUGAUGAUCUUUUCAUGGGUGUGGACACUUUCACUCACCAUACUGAUAAAAGGGCACCUCUCCAGCCUCCCGUAAGAAAAGCAUUAGCAGUAUUUAGUGGAAAGAGGAAUCCAAAUGACAAUCACUACUCCCGUUCUAAGCAUAAGUAAGUUCACAGGAUUCCUUUUGUAAUUUAUUUUUUGACUUGAGAACCAGAUAAAAGAAAUGAAUUUUUCGAUAUUUACAGUUCCUUUGCCCGUAUUCAUAGUAAGUCAAAUGUAAUGGAUUAUCUACUAGCGUGCUAUGUAUGUUUUUUGCCUUGAGAUGAGCUCAAUUUUGGAGAGAUUUCAUUCAA